AUGCGGCGGCUGCCGGGCGAGGCCCCCGACCCCGGCCCCUGCACGCCCCCAGCCCCCCCUUGCACACGCGGCCGCGCGCCCCGCACGGGGGACUCGGGAGCGGGAGCAGCGCCGAGCCCGGGCAGCCCCGACCGCCAUGGCCCCCUGCUGCUGCCGCUGCUGCUCCCGCCGGUGGCCGCCUUCAACCUGGAGGCGUCGCGGCCCGUGGUGUUCCGCGGGGCCCCCGGCUCCUUCUUCGGCUUCGCGCUGGACUUUUACCUGCCCGAGCCCCGCAGUGUCAGCAUCCUGGUGGGGGCCCCCAAGGCCAACACGAGCCAGCCCAAUGUCACCCAGGGGGGGGCCGUGUUCCACUGCCCCUGGCCCCCCGCGGGCGGCUGCGCCCCCAUCGACUUCGACCACAUCGGGGGACAGGGACAGGGACAAAUCCCCAGGAAUGGGGACAGACCCAGCAGCGAGGGCGCCGAGCCCGUGGAGUUCAAAUCCCUGCAGUGGUUCGGGGCCACCGUGAGGGCCCACAACGGCUCCAUCCUGGCCUGCGCCCCCCUGUACAGCUGGAGCCCCCCCAAGGAGGAGGGGGGGGCGCGGGAGCCGGUGGGCUCCUGCUUCCUGUCCCUGGGCAACUUCUCCAAGUUCGUGGAGUACGCGCCCUGCCGCUCAGUUUGGGGGUCCCGGGCCGGGCGCAGCCCGGCUCAGGGGUCCCCGCUGUCUCCGCAGACCGGCCGGGUGCUCCUGGGGGGGCCCGGCAGCUACUUCUGGCAAGGGCAGGUGAUGUCGGCCACCCAGGAGCAGAUCGCGGCCGGGAACUUCCCCGAGUACCUGAUCCAGGAGGUGCCGGGACAGCUCCAGACGCGGCAGGCGGAGCCCAGCCACGACGACAGCUACAUGGGCUACUCGGUGACAGUCGGGGAGUUCAGCGGUGACACCACGCAAGACUUCGUGGCCGGUGUCCCCAAGGGCAACCUGACCUACGGCUACGUAAGGGGGACACGGGGGACACGGGGGGGACACGGGGGGCACUGGGGGGGUCGCGCUGCCCGUACCCAUUUUGUGCCCCCCAGGCUCACGGCCCUGCUGGUGGGCGCCCCGCUGUUCAUGGCGCGCAGCGGCGUGGGGGGGGCGCGGGAGCUGGGCCGGGUGUACGUGUACCUGCACCGGGGGGGGGGGCUGCCCGCGCCCCCCGCCCCCCUCACCGGCCAGCACGAGUUCGGCCGCUUCGGCAGCGCCAUCGCCGCGCUGGGGGACCUGGACCGCGACGGAUACAACGGUACCGGCACCGGGACCGGGACCGGGGGGCUCAGUGUCCCCUCAGUGUCCCCUCAAUGUCCCCUCAGUGUCCCCUCAGUGUCCCCUGUCCCCACAGAUCUCCUGGUUGGCGCCUUCGGGGCGGACGCGGCCGUGGUUUACAGGGGCCGCCCCAUCGUCCACGCCAGCGCCAGCCUGGCCAUCGUCCCCUCCAUGUUCAACCCCGAGGAGCGCGGCUGCGCCCUGGCCAGCGGCCACCACGCGUCCUGCAUCAAUGUCACCUUCUGCCUCAACGCCUCCGGACGUCACCUGCCCGGGCCCAUCGGGCUGGCGCUGGAGCUGAGCGCGGACGGGGCCAAGGCGGGGGGGGCGCGGCGCGCGCUGUUCCUGGGGGGGGGCGCGGGGGGGGCGCCCCCCUCCCCCACCCGGAACCUGACCCUGGAGGUCCCCAACGGGGGGACCCCGCGCUGCCACACGCUGCCCGUCAUCCUCAGGAACGAGUCCGAGUUCCGGGACAAGCUGUCGCCCAUCGCGCUGUCCCUGAGCCUGGCCCUGGACCCGGCCGUGUCCCCUCCCCCGCCGGGGCUGUCCCCGCUGCUGUCCCCGGCCACGCGCACGCGCCUGGAGGCCAAGGCCCACAUCCAGCUGGACUGCGAGGACAAUGUCUGUGUGCCCGACCUGCAGCUCGAGGCCAGCGCGGACCGGCGGGCGGUGUUCCUGGGGGACAGGAACAGCCUCAACGUGACGUUCCAGGCGCGGAACGUGGGCGAGGGGGGGGCGUACGAGGCCGAGCUGCACGUGCGGCCCCCCCCGGGCGCGCUCUACUCGGGGGUGCUGCGCCCCCACGGGAUCUGGGGGGGGCUGCGCUUCACCCUCCCCCACCUGAGCGACGGCAGCAGCAGCGUGCGCUUCGAGCUGCAGAUCCGCAG